UUCUUGCUCCACACCGUGAUUUAAGCUACUCCCACAGAAAUCAUACACAGGAAAACCAAGAGCAUUUGCUGCCUCACACCAAGAACAAUCGACAAGCAGAAACAUUGUGUCCUUAUUACAAGGCUUUCAGGGAGACAAGAUUAUCCAGGAGUGCUACAUCAGCUACUGUAAACAGAGGAAUGUUUUAAUCCUGAGGAUUUAAGUUGUUCUAAGUCUUGGAGCUACUUUAUUGUACAUGGCAAGCUGAGGAUCAUGUCUCUUCCAGAGGAGGACCUCACUUGCCCCAUAUGCUGUGACAUCUUCAUAGACCCUGUCCUGCUGUCAUGCAGCCACAGUUUCUGCAGGGGGUGUCUGAAGCGUUGCUGGAAAACUUCAGGCUUGCGCGAGUGUCCAGUAUGCAGGAAAAAGGUCUCAAAGUCCUGCCCUCUCUCCAAUUUGGCUCUGAAGAAUCUCUGUGAAGCUCUUCUGCAGACCAGGAGUCAAAGCUCAGUGCCAGUGGAAGAGACAAUGAACUGUAAUCUCCACAGGGAGAGGUUCAAACUUUUUUGUUUGGUAGACAAACAGCCCAUCUGUGUGGUGUGUCAAUCUUCCAAAAUGCACAAGAGCCAUGACUGCUCCCCCAUAGAAGAGGCAGUGGUGGACUGCAAGGAUGAGCUGACUUUAUCCCAUAAGAGCCUGGAGGAUAAACUGGAGAGACUCAAAAGAAUUUGCAGGACCUCUGUAGACAUGCUUGAUUACAUAAAGAGUCAGGCGCUGGAAACACAGAUAUUGAUCAAGAAACAGUUUGAGCAACUCCAUCAGGUCCUCUACAACGAAGAAUCCGCCAGAUUAGCCGCCGUGAGAAAAGAGGAAGAAGAGAAGAUGGCGGGAGUGAAGGAUAAAAUUAAAGAGAUUUCAGCAGAGAUACUGUCCCUCACCGAGACCAUCAUCGUCCUAAAGGAGGAGCUGAAAGAAGAUGACCUGGUCUUGUUGAAGUGUGCUGAGUGGGACAAAUUCUCAGUAGAGGCUGCCUGUUGUAAUUACAGGGCCAAGAGUGCACAGCUUGAUUCUGAAUAUAUGUCUGGGGUACUGAUGGAUGUGACCUCGCAUCUGUGCAACCUAAAGUACAGAGUCUGGGAAAAAAUGCUGGAUCAUGUUGAGUACACUCCUGUGACACUGGACCCUAACACAGCCCACCCCUGCCUUAUCCUGUCUGACGACUUCACUUCCCUCCACUACUCAAGCCAGCCCAGGCAUUGCCCUGACAACCCAGAGCGCUUCCACAUCAGCGCUGAAGUGGUAGGCAUGACUGCUCUCGGCUCAGGAAGCCACCACUGGAUUGUGGAAACAGGAAGUAACCAGGACUGGCUUCUGGGUGUGGUCUCUUUGUCGGUUCCAAGAAAUGCCGAGGUCUCCGCCCGGCCUGAGAAUGGAUUCUGGACGUUGUGUUUCCGGGACGGAGAGUUCAGGGCAAUGACCUCACCACCCACCCCUUUCACAGUGUCAAAAACACCCAACCAAGUCAAAGUGCAGCUGGAUUUUGACAAGGGGACUUUGUCUUUUUUGGACUCCGUUGAUGAUACGCUGCUUUAUGAAUUUACACACACAUUCACAGAAACAUUGCUUCCGUAUUUUUAUACGCAAAGCCAGCACCCACUGAAGAUCCUGCCAGAAAAUGUAUUUGCCACAGUGUUACGCAAAUGAGGGGAUGGUUGGGUGUAAUGUUACAUGCCAUUUCAGUGCUGUUUUAAUAAAUGAAAUGAAGGUCAUUCCUCAAAGCUCAAAGGUGGAAUUGAUACUGCACAGACAAAGCAACGGCUUUGUCUCUUUGUUUCUCUCAGGGCAAAUAUGCACAAGACUUUUGAUUAAUUAAAGAUGAUUUAUUCACCAAGUCAUGUUACUGUUUCAAAACAUUUUGUCACAAUAUUAACCUUUGUGUUUACACUUGCUGCAGAUAGUUACAUCCCUGAACAAAAUCACUGAGUGAAUGAAAUAGGGGUAAACUUGUCCUGUACAACAGGUCUUUCAUACAAAUGCUGCAUUAUCCUCACCACUGGAGCGUACUAAAUCCAACCUUUAAAGCUGGCUCUUCUGGCUGGCUGCUGAUGAGAGAUCUUGGCAUCAUCAAGGAUCCAGACAGGGUUCCUGCAAUACCAAUGUGUCUGAAGAGGCAUUCAUCUCUAUUGUGUGAGGAAGCAGGGCAUCUAUGCUUCUUCUAACAAAACAUAACAGAGGAAACAACAAGAAAAGACGAAAGGCAAAGAAAGGAAAGGAUUCUGCCAGGGCACUGGGGAGCCCAUCAUCUCAUCCAUCCAAAUCCAAGUUUGUUUAUAUUGUGUCCACAUUCUCAGUGCUUUAAGAUAAGAUGACCUUUAUCUUCUACAGAUGUGGAAAUUUGGGCUUAGCACAGUUGCUGCAGCCGCUCUGUAGUGUCUUCCCAGUUUUAUGAAUUCUUUAAAUAGGGGGUGAACAGGAUAACACACAGUUUGCCCAGGUUUUUGUUUCACCUGCAUUUUACAUACAUACAUCCUAGUUGUCUCUGCUCUUUCUGAAUAAUUUUACUGGCAAUGUUUCUAAUUCUGGAUUGUCUAUUUUUGGUCUUAGACCCC